UAGUUGUUGUUAGCGCCAACAUCGUGGAUACCUUCUCCGUUCCUCCCCCACAAUAUGCAAGCCACCUCCGCAUAAAGCGAGCCACGGGUCACAAUGUCGCGCUCUACAUCUCCUGAGUCUUCUGAGUAUUCCUUGGAAGGAGCUGAAAUCACAAUGUCGCGCACAUACACAGCGACCGACGAGCGCCCUACGCGAACACUCAUCCCAACAAGCGAUGCUGAGAUCUCCACAAUUGACGAGCUCAUUCGUCGGAGAGCUGCUGAGUUGGCAGAUGCACCGCUCAUUGGAUACCCGAACGAGGGUGUGACGGAUUACGAGGAUCACUCGGCGUUAGCGGUGAACAAAUACGCCGAUGCAGCUGCAGAAGCGUUGCAGCGGAGGGGCCUCAAGCAAGUGGACGCUUCCCUUGACAAGGCCCCUGUUGUAGGCAUACUCGCCCACUCCGGCCUGCCCUUUAUCAUCACACUCCUGGGUCUGAGCAGGCUUGGCUAUACUAGCUUGUUAUUAUCCACCCGCCUGGCUGCACCGGCCUUGGCUCGCCUACUCGAACUGACCGAUUGUGAUAUUCUCCUGAGCACGCCGAACUUCUAUCCUGUCUUGGAAGAGGUCAAGAGCGAGCGUGGCACGACUGUGCUCCAGCUGUUGAAGCAUGAUGAGUACUAUGGCGUGGAUGCACCUAGCUUCCACCGUACGUACGAUCCGCUCAAGGAGACCACCAAGAACAUUGUCAUCAUUCACUCUUCGGGCUCGACCGGUCUGCCUAAGCCCAUCUACCUUACCAAUCGCACCUGUAUCGCAGCUUUCUCGACAAACCUGGACAGGAAAGCUUUGAUGACACAGCCUCUCUUCCACAGCUUCGGCUUCUAUGAGACCUUCCGAUCGAUAUACUCAGGAAAGCCGAUGUACUACUUCAACUAUGCCUUCCCGUUGACGAAGCAGAACAUCACGGCGACACUCGCAGCUGUCAAACCUGACCUGCUCUUCUGUGUGCCAUAUGUCCUUAAGCUCCUUGGAGAGUCAGAAGAGGGCAUCAAAGCCCUUGCAGACAUCGAAAUUGUCAUGUAUGGCGGUAGUGCAUGCCCUGACGAUCUUGGAGAUAUGCUGGUCAAGAACGGUGUCAACCUGGUCGCAAACUAUGGCGCAACCGAGACAGGAAGGUUGUCAACCUCAGUCCGUCCUAAGGGAGAUCUCGCGUGGAACUACCUUCGACUUCUACCCGAAGUGAAGCAGUACGUGCUCAUGGACGAGAUCACCCCAGGCAUCUUCGAGUGUGUCGCACUUGACGGUCUGCGCUCAAAGAACACCAACAACUCAGACGACCCACCUCGAUCCUUCCGAACAAGGGACCUGUUCAUGCAGCACCCUACGAACCCAGACUUCUGGAGGUUUGUGUCAAGACUUGAUGACAGACUUACCUUGGUCAAUGGCGAGAAGGUCCUCCCAAUCCCCAUUGAGGGUAGGAUACGACAAGAAGGUCUUGUGAAGGAGGCAGUUGUGUUCGGUGAUGGCAAGAGUCUUCCUGGAGUCCUUGUCAUCAAGUCUGACGCUGCUAAUCACAUGUCGGACGACGACUUCUUCUUCGAGAUCUGGCCGGCUGUGCAAGAUGCGAACUCUCGUGCCGAAAGUUUCUCACGCAUACCAGAGGACCUCGUCAUCAUUCUGCCAGCAGACACCGAAUACGCGAAGACCGAUAAGGGUACUUUCAUCCGUGCGCAAGUCUACAUGCAGUUCAAGGACUUGAUCGAGUCAGCAUACGCCAACUUUGAAAAUGGCAAUGACGAAGCCGGCACCGUUGCACUACCCCUGCCGGAGCUCGAGGCUUACCUCCUUCAAAGGUUCCAAGAAAGCCUUGGUGUUGAGCUUUCAGCUACGGAUGACUUCUUCGCCUUGGGCAUCGACAGUCUGCAGUGCAUGAAGAUGUGGAGCUUGAUGAAGAAGGAGCUCGACCUUGGUGGACGACAGUCUCAACUUGGUCAGAACGUCUUGUACGAGACUGGCAACAUCCAAGCUCUCGCUCGCCAUAUCGAUGCUUUACGCACCGGAAAUACAGAGGAAGCCAAAGACGCUUACCAAGUCAUGCAAGACCUUGUCGCAAAGCACUCAUCCUUCAAGACUUACGAAGAGGCCAAUCGCGUCGCUCCUACUUCAGAGACUGUCGUUUUGACUGGUGUUACUGGAGGUCUCGGCGCACACCUCCUCGCUCAGCUUGUCCGUGAUCCGACUGUAUCUACAGUGUGGGCGCUUGUUCGUGCAUCAUCAGAACAUGCUGCGCUUGAGAGGACACUGCAAAGCCUCACCUCACGAGGCAUCUCUCUGUCGCUGAAAGAGAUCCACAAGAUUGUCGCGGUACCAUCCGACCUCAGUAAGCCGGACUUUGGCCUUGGUGCCGAGAGAUUUGAGCAACUACGCUCGAGUCUUACUCUCGUCAUCCACAGUGCGUGGGCAGUCAACUUCAACAUCUCUGUCGAGAGCUUCGAAGACCAACACAUCAAGGCCGUCCCGAACUUCAUCAACCUCUGUCAAUCGACCACACAUGGCUCACCAGCGCGGUUCUACUUCUGUUCUUCGGUUUCCUCCACCGGAGGUACACCACGCCCUGGCUCAGUCCCCGAGACACCUGUUCGGGACAUCGCUCACGUUCAAGGCACAGGCUACGCCAGAUCCAAGUAUGUCGCAGAGCAGAUCGUUCGCAAUGCGAUGAAAGAUGUUGGUGCCCAGGCCCGCGUACUCAGGAUCGGUCAACUUGUUGGAGACAGCAAGGUCGGGGAGUGGAACACUACUGAGGGAAUCCCCCUCAUGAUCCAGACGGCUGUGACUCUCGGCGCACUGCCUCAGCUUGACGAAGAGAUGAACUGGCUUCCUGUCGACUACGCGGCCCGCAUUAUCCUCGAUGUCUGCAAACCCGAACGCGCUGCAGCACGUGCAUCUAAUCCCGAUCUCGUCUAUCACGUCCUGAACCCUGCACGCUUCCACUGGACGCGAGACAUGCUACCCGCACUGUCCGAGGCUGGUCUUGAGUUUGAAUCACUGCCCACAGACCAGUGGAUGGACAGGCUACGCAACUCCGACCGCGAUCCGAAGACAAACCCACCGAUCAAGCUGCUUGAUUGGUUUGAGGGCAAGUACGGCAGCGCUGCUUCUACAAAGCCAAAGGGCCCGCUGGAGUACAUCACAGAAGAGACGGGCAAGGAUAGUGAAUCGCUGGGCCAGAUACCCAGUGUCACCGAUGCUCAGUAUAUGAGCAUGGUCAUCGGUAGGCUGAAGAAGCGCUGGGCGGCAUAGAUGUAAGAGUAAGACAAUCUCGGCAUAUAGAAACAUGUAAUUAGAUAGCAUUAUAGGAGUUGGGACUUGAACAAUACACGCA